AUUUCCAAACGAGAUCAGACGCUUCUACUGUCUUGCUCUUGCUCUUGCUCUUGCUCCUCCUCCCGCAUUUCUUCUCCCUCGCCACUGCAUUUCGUCGAUCGCUUUACUGAAGGAUAUCAAGAAAAAAAAUGUCUCUGCCUGGAAACUCGGAGAAUUCGCAGCAGCAGCCGCAAUCGACUGGUGCAAUGGCAGUUGUUGAUGAGUAUACAGCUGUGGUUACUGAUGUUGGUUGGUACAUUCUUGGGGAAAGUCAGCAAAGCUUGGGCCCAUAUACAUUCUCUGAGCUUUGUGGCCAUUUCCGGAAUGGUUAUCUAUUAGAAACUACCCUAGUCUGGUCUGAGGGAAGAAGUGAAUGGCAGCCACUUUCCUCUAUCCCGGAGUUAAUGUCAAGGAUUUCUGAAGCGAUGGGUGACUAUCCAACUUCAGAUGCAUCUGGGCUGAUAAAUGGAUCUAUUGCUGGAAGCAAGCACGAAAGACGGGAUAAUACGGUGUUAACUAGUGGUGAUGAUGAGUUUGACAAAUGGCAGAAGGAGAUUAAAGAGGCAGAAGCAGAGGCAGAAAGGUUGAAAAAGGGGUCUGUUUCUGCUAGCUUUGGUAACAAUUUGGUUGAAGAUGAUCUUGAUAGGGCUUCUUCACCACCGGAGGGUGAAGAUGAGUUUACGGAUGAUGACGGGACUAGAUAUAAAUGGGACAAGACUCUUAGAGCAUGGGUUCCUCAGGACAAUCCACCGAGUAGCAGUGAACAAUAUGGGCCUGAAGAGAUGACCUUUGCUAAAGAAGAAGAAGUAUUUCCAACACUAAACAUUGUUGAUACCUCUUUUGAUGAGGAUGAUGCUUCCAAGGAUGAUGUGGCUGGUACGACUCAAGAUAUGUCUGGUGAAUCUUCUGAAGUAAAAAAUAACAGCAAGAGAAAGAUGCCAGAGAUACAAGCUGAGAAGAAGGAAGCAAACAAACCUCCAGAUUCUUGGUUUGAGUUAAAAGUAAACCCUCAUAUUUACGUUACUGGGUUGCCUGAUGAUGUCACCCUCGAGGAAGUCGCAGAAGUAUUUUCUAAAUGUGGAAUAAUUAAAGAGGAUCCUGACAUUGGCAAACCACGUAUAAAGCUUUACGUUGACAGGCAGACAGGAAGAAAGAAAGGAGAUGCUCUUGUCACGUAUAUGAAGGAGCCUUCAGUGGAUCUGGCCAUACAAAUUUUAGAUGGGGCCCCUUUGCGUCCCGGUGACAAGCUCCUCAUGUCAGUUUCUCGAGCCAAAUUCGAGCAGAAAGGGGAUAAAUUUGUAUCUAAGCAAACAGACAACAAGAAGAAAAAGAAGCUCAAAAAGGUCGAGGAAAAAUUGCUUGGAUGGGGUGGUAGAGAUGAUGCUAAGGUCUCUAUUCCUGCUACCGUUGUUCUCCGCUACAUGUUCGCUCCAGCUGAGAUGAGAACAGAUGAGACUCUGUGUGCUGACUUAGAGGAAGAUGUGAAAGAAGAGAGUUUGAAGUACGGACCAGUUGACUCGGUGAAGGUUUGUGAGCAUCAUCCACAAGGUGUUGUUCUUGUGAGAUUCAAGGAUCGGAAGGAUGCACAGAAAUGUAUAGAUGCAAUGCAUGGUCGAUGGUAUGCCAAGAGACAGAUACAUGCCAGCCUAGACGAUGGACUAGUGAACCAUGCCAUGGUCCGGGAUCUCGACUUGGAAUCCCAGCGGUUGGAACAGUUUGCUGCCGAACUCGAAGCCGAAUGAUAUGUCAGUGAACUAAUUAGUCGGAAACUGGGAAGAGUUCUCUUGAAUGAAAGAAAAAAAAAACAGGCCGGGAUUUUGUCAAGAAACAGGGAUACAUGGUUUGUGAGAUGUAAAAACAUUAGGAAACACAGCCACAGGUACUGAUACUUAUUGGUAGUGUUGUGGUUCUUGAUCCUCAUGGCAUUAUCUUCAAUGUGAUUCAUCAUCCCAUGUAACCGGUUCAGUUAAUUUGGUUUGACCGGUUUAAGUUGGUACGCUGUAUUUCACCGGUUAAACUCUCUAUGUUCGUAGGGAAACUAGAUGACAUAGAAGUGGUUUUGUUUGGGCACAUUUGGCAGUUUUAUUAAUAUA